GCGAGCAAGCGAGUGUUUACUCGUUAAUGUUUUUUAGAAGGAAUCUGGAAAAGAAUAAAGUCAUCCAUUUCACUUUGGUCCAGCAUUCCUCACCUCUCCCCGCCCGAGCUCUCCCUCCCUCCCUACCUCCUCCGCCUCUCGGAAACCGCCGCCGCCAAGAAGGCUUCAGAUUUCUGCCAGAAGUGAUUUUUUUGGUUGGCCAAAACCCCAUGGAUGCCAAUAAUUGGAGGCCCACUGCCCCAGGCGGAGAACCUGUGAUGGACACAGGUGAUUGGAGAACUCAAUUGCAGCCCGACUCACGGCAAAGAAUAGUCAACAAAAUAAUGGAGACAUUAAAGAGGCAUCUUCCGUUUUCUGGUCAAGAGGGAUUACAAGAACUCAAGAAAAUUGCCGUACGGUUUGAGGAAAAGAUUUAUACUGCCGCUACCAAUCAGUCUGAUUAUCUGCGUAAAAUAUCUCUGAAGAUGCUUACAAUGGAGACCAAGUCUCAAAAUACCAUACCCACUGGCAAUGGUAACAAACCCCUGGAUCCAGGAGCAUCUCAUAGUAUGCCGCCUCAAGUUCACAACCCAGGGCAGUCCCUCCCUAUCUCAUUGUCCACUAAUCAGUCUCAAGCACGGCAGCAGUUAUCACAGAACAUGCAGAAUAGUAUGUCAUCUAAUGGAGUUCAAAGUUCUGCUGGUUUACAAUCAGCAAUGCCUUCUGUCUCCGGUUUAACCCAGACUAUCCCAAACACUGUUGGACAGAAUGCUAACAUGCAGAGUAUCUCUGGUGUUUCACAGAACCCAGUGGGGAAUUCAAUGGGACAAGGGAUUCCCUCCAAUAUGUUUGUCAAUUCUCAGAGACAAAUGCCAGGCAGGCAACAGGUUGUUCCUCCACAGCAACAGCAGCAGUCCCAAAAUCCUCAGCAGUAUCUUUAUCAGCAGCAGAUACAACAACAGCUUUUAAAGCAGAAGCUUCAACAGGGAAAUCAUCCACACUCACUUGUGCAAUCUCACAUCCACCAGCAGCAGCAGCAGCAAAACUUGUUACAGCCAAAUCAGUUGCAAUCUUCUCAGCAAUCUGGUUUGCAAACAUCAACUGUUAUGCAGCCUUCAAUGAUGCAAACUGUCUCUGGCCUUCAACAGAACCAACCAUCUUCUGUUCAACAGUCAACACAACCAAUGCACCAGCAACAUCCACAAUCGGUCCUUAGGCAGCAGCAGCAACAACCUCAACAGUCUGCUGGUAUUCAUCAGCAGCAAACACCAAUGAUGCAGCAGCCACUAUUGCCUCCACAACAGCAGCUAAUGGGGCAACAAUCAAAUACCACUAACAUGUCGCAAAAUCAGUUAAUUGGACAACAAAACAUUGUUGGGGACUUGCAGCAGCAGCAGCAGCAGAGAUUGCUAGGGCAGCAGAAUAACCUUCAAAAUCUGCAGCAGCAGCAGCAGCAGCAGCAGCAGCAGUUAAUGGCUCAACAAAAUAACCUCUCAAGCAUGCAUCAGCAACAGUUGGGCCCUCAAAGUAAUGUCACUGGUUUACAGCAACAGCAGUUGCUUGGAGCUCAGCCUGGUAACUCAAGCAUGCAAUCUAAUCAGCACUCUCUACACAUGCUGCAACAGCCCAAGGUUACGCUGCAGCAGCAAGCACAACAAAGUGGAAGUGCUUUGUUGCCGAAUCAAGGGCAGCAGUCACACUCACAGCUGCCACAACAGCAAUUGAUGGCACAGAUUCAAUCACAGCCUGGACAGCUGCAACAGCAAUCAAAUCCAUUACAACGUGAUAUGCAGCAAAGGCUUCAAGCAUCAGGCUCCUUGCUUCAACAGUCGAAUGUGAUUGAUCAGCAAAAGCAGUUAUAUCAACCUCAAAGAGCCCUUCCAGAAACGUCCUCAACAUCCCUAGAUUCUACAGCAGAGACUGGACAUGCAAAUGGUGCUGAUUGGCAAGAGGAGAUCUACCAAAAGAUCAAAGUUAUGAAGGAAACGUAUUUGCCUGAAAUAAAUGAAAUGUACCAGAGAAUUGCUACCAAGUUACAGCAGCAUGACCCUCUUCUGCAACAACCGAAGUUAGAACAGCUUGAAAAGCUGAAGGUAUUCAAGGUCAUGUUGGAGCGCUUGAUAGGAUUCUUACAGGUCCCUAAAAACAACAUCACAAUUGGUUUCAAGGAGAAAUUGGGUUACUAUGAGAAGCAGAUUUUAGGUUUUCUAAACCAAAGCAGAUACAGGAAGCCUAUUCCUAAUCUACAGCAAGGACAACUUUCCCAACCUCAUAUUCAACCUAUGCAGCAACCCCAAUCUCAAGUUCCUCAAUUGCAGUCCCAUGAAAAUCAACUGAAUCCCCAGUUGCAAUCAAUGAAUAUGCAAGUUUCUGUACCAAAGAUGCAGCAGAACAAUAUGUCAAGCUUGCUGCAUAAUUCUCUUUCAACUUUAUCUGGGGAUUCGACGUCACAAUCAAACAUGAUGAAUCCAAUACAACCAGGCUCCAAUUUAGAUUCUGGACAAGGAAAUGCACUGAGCUCAUUGCAGCAGACACCUGUAGGAUCUGUACAACAGAAUCUCGUGAGCAUUUCCCAACCAACCAAUGUUAACACAAUGUCAACACAAAGUGGGGUGAGUAUGCUGCAGCCAAAUAUUCCCCUUCAGUCGAAUUCCAAUAUGAUUCAACACCAGCAUCUAAAACAGCAGCAGCAGCAGCAUGAACAACAGAUGCUACAAACACAACAGCUUAAACGAUUGCAGCAACGCCAGAAUCAACAGAUGCUGCAGCAGCACCAAUUACACCAGCAAGCCAAGCAGCAGUUGCCUGCACAGAUGCAGACACACCAAAUUCCACAGCCGCAACAGAUGAAUGAUGUAAAUGAGAUGAGACCUGGAAUUAAGCCAGCAGUCUUCCAACAACAUCUCCCAACAGGUCAACGCGCAGCUUUCCAACGUCAACACAUGAAACCAGCACCUUCGUUUCCUAUUUCUUCACCUCAACUACCUCAGCAUGCUUCCCCUCAAUUACAACAUUCAUCUCCUCAGAUUGACCAGCAAAAUCUACCGUCUUCCGUAACCAAAACUGGAACACCUCUGCAAUCUGCGAACUCGCCUUUUGUUGUCCCAUCUCCUUCAACUCCUUUAGCUCCAUCUCCUAUGCCAGGAGAUUCUGACAAACCAGUUUCUGGUAUUUCCUCACUCUUAAAUACUGGAAAUAUUGUACACCAACCAUCUGUUGCACAAGCACCGGCUCCAUCCCUUGCAAUUGGCACUCCUGGGAUAUCUGCAUCACCUUUGCUUGCAGAGUUUACCAGUCCUGAUGGUGCUCAUGGCGGUGCUUUGACAACUGUUUCUGGCAAGUCAAAUGUUACAGAGCAACCACUUGAGCGCUUGAUUAAAGCGGUGAAAUCUCUGUCUCCCAAAGCACUUAGUGCAUCUGUUGGUGACAUUGGCUCCGUUGUCAGUAUGAUUGACAGAAUUGCUGGUUCGGCACCUGGUAAUGGAUCUAGAGCUGCAGCUGGUGAGGAUUUGGUAGCAAUGACAAAAUGUCGCCUUCAGGCAAGAAAUUACAUCACCCAAGAUGGGAUGACCGGAUCAAGGAAAAUGAGGCGCCAUACAAGUGCCAUGCCCUUGAAUGUUGUAUCAUCAGCUGGCAGUGUAAGUGACAGUUUUAAGCAGUUUACUGGUCCAGAAACUUCUGAUUUGGAGUCAACUGCAACAUCAAGUGUCAAGAGGCCUAGAAUUGAGGCCAAUCAUGCCCUUUUGGAAGAGAUAAGGGAAAUAAAUCAGCGACUUAUAGACACGGUAGUUGAUAUUAGUGAUGAAGAUGUUGAUUCAACUGCAGUAGCUGCUACUGCUGAAGGGGGUGAAGGAACCAUUGUCAAAUGCUCAUUUAGCGCAGUGGCUCUUAGUCAAAAUUUGAAAUCACAGUAUGCUUCAGCGCAAAUGUCACCAAUUCAGCCCCUCAGAUUGCUUGUGCCUGCAAAUUAUCCAAGUUGCUCACCUAUACUGUUAGACAGGUUUCCAGUUGAAGUCAGUAAAGAGUACGAGGAUCUGUCAAUAAAAGCUAAAUCCAGGUUUAGCAUCUCUCUCCGAAGCCUUUCACAACCCAUGUCACUUGGAGAGAUAGCAAGGACUUGGGAUGUCUGCGCCCGUGUGGUUAUUUCAGAGCAUGCCCAGCAGAGUGGCGGUGGCACCUUCAGCUCAAAAUAUGGUUCUUGGGAAAACUGCCUGAGUGCAGCUUGAUCAUCUUUAAAGCAGAGGAAGCUCUGAGCACGAUUGUUUAGCCAGAGCAGAGAUGGAAGAUGUCAUGGGCUGCCUCUCCUGUGAUGACCAAACGGGCUUUUUUUGGAUUGACUGGCGGGGAUUUCUCAGAAGCACAAAUCGUCUGAAGUUCACUUUCUGAAGAAUUCAGGGUUCUUGUAUCAUAGAAUAAUCAUAUUUGUUGUUUGGUGAAAUACAAAAAUGUAAUCUUCUGCUUGUAUUAUCGGAUGCAUUCUUGGCUACCGGCAUCUGUGAAAUAAAACGAAUUCCUCGUCUUCUGUUAAAUAUAACAAAUACUCGAAAGUUAUAAUAUGGAUACCAUCCAUAUAAACAA